AUUAUGAUAGGCUUGGAUACUCGAAAAAGGGGUGGACAGAUGGAGAGAUUGGGGUUGAAUGGAUCAAAGAGUUCGACAAGCAGACGAAGGCCAAGGCAGACGGACGUGACCGUCUCCUUAUUGUGGAUGGCCACAACUCGCAUUAUACACGGGGAUUCACAACCCAUGUAUACCAAGGCUUGGAUGUCGUUGUUUUCGCAGUCCUAAAACGGAGCUGGAGUGAGGAGCGGGACAAAUGGGAGAGAGAGAAAGGGGAAGGUGUCACAAAGGCCAACUUUAUCACCAUUUAUGGCCGUGCUCAUCUCCGCGCACUCACACCAGACCUUAUUCGCACAGCUUUCCGCAAGACUGGUGUCUGGCCAUUCGAUUGUGAUGUCGUCCCUAGCAACAUGCUGGCUCCAAGUAAAGAAACCUCAACUAAAUCAUAUCUUCCAAUCGCACCAUCCACACCCGUAAAAAUUCUUGCCAAUGCCCUUCAAAGGAUGUCAACACAGCUUAGCGACAACGGAGAUGAAGAACAUUCAGUAAACUCAUCAUCGAGUACUCAGGAGGAUCUUGAAACCAUCAUCAAACAACUCGCUGAAACUUCAUUGUCAAAACUCGUCUCGUCGACACCAAUGAACUCGCAAACUGACCUGCGGCAUGCCACAGCCCACACUAUCUCCCCCAUCAAGAAAUCACGUACAUCCAUCACAAACAUUCAUCCAACAACCACAAACGAAGUCUUGCUACUUGCAGCUCUCCACGAGGCAGAGGCGGCCAAUGCUGCACUGAAAAAACGCGUUAUCGCACUCCAGGCAUCCAAUAUCUUGAAUGAGAUGUACUGUGCUAAAAUUCGCAGUCAGCUUGCUCAUCAAGAGUCGAAAAAGCAGGCAGGAAAUAAUGGUGGAAAGAUUCUCGGGGAUGGCUUACCACGCUUGUUAUCAGGCGACGUGUUCUAUGAAAGAGUUGUUCAGUUCGAGGAGGCUCAAACAAGAGCUGCAGCUGAGAAGAGGACGAGGACCGAAGAGCGGAAGAGACACGCUGAGGCAUUGGCAGAUUGGAAAAAGCUUGAGGACGCGAGGAAGGCAGAGAAUAAGGCACGGCGAGAACACUAUCACGAAGCGUUAAAGAUAUGGGAGUCAGAGAAGGCUCGCGCAAAAGAAGAGAAGUGGAAACUCACAGAGAAGAAGCCCACUUUGGGCAAGCUCAUUGCAGCCAUACCACGGCCAAAGGUAAUUGUAACUGAGGAGUGUGAAAGCGAUGGCGAGUGUUUCGAUCUGGAUGAUAUAGGCUCAUGCGCCAGCGACGAAUAUUAAUGUAGUUACAUAUCUAUGUUUCGAAUCAGAAACGUAGUGAUUGAUAAGCUUUUCUUACCUAAUCGAGGCUGAUUCAUUGAGCCAUACUCAGCAAAAUAGGCACCUCCUCACUGUUGCUGAUGCCGUGCUCGAACGGCUCACUUUUUUUUCUUUAAAACGUGCGAAGACCUCAAGCAGAGGUCUAUGUAUGGGGCAAAAAUAUUUUGAAAAAAAUCCACGCAGUUGUUGUGGCUCGGGAGGUUAGUUUUCAUUUUCGUGGUUCAACGAG